ACAAACUCGUCACAUGCACAGAGGAAACCGGAAGUGGCGGAAGUCGUCGUCUGUUAACCGAAAUAACAAUAACGACCACAACAUUUGUGAGUCCACGCGUUUUCGCCGCGUUUAAAAAUGUCAGUGACGUCACAGGGAAACUAACGAGCGGACGACGCGCGUGCAGCCACUUCCUGUUUGUAGUGAGAGCUUUGUAUGUAACGUUAGCUUAGCAGCUUAGCAGCAGCUCCAUGGCGUCUUCAGCGGCUCGUGUCCCGCUCAGCACCGACACACUCGUCUCGUCCCCGGGCUCUGUCUCUGGAGGCAGACCGCCUCACCGGCCCCUUCACCCGGGGCCGGCUCACUCCGGCCCGGGCUGCGUGAUGGUGGAGUCCGUGGACGACGCCGAGGGUCUGUACGUGGCCGUGGAGCGGUGUCCGCUGUGCAGCACGUCCCGCCGCAGGCUCACCUGUGCCCGCUGCAUCCAGGCCGGAGACUUCGUCUACUUUGACGGGAGGAACACGGAGAGGUACACAGAGAAGCUGGGCAGACUGAAGAGGUUGAAGGAGGAGAAGGAGCAGCUGCAGCAGAGAGUUGUCCAGGCCAUGGACAGAAAGCUGCAGGCUGAUGAAAUGAAAUGGAAGCUGAUGUCAUGUAAGGUGAGGAUGGAGCAGCUGAAGGAGGCAGUAGUCUGGGCCAAUGAGGAGGUGAAGAGCGAUAAAGAGCUUCUGCUGCGUUCUCAGGAGGACAGUCAGCGGCUGCAGCGCCGCGCCGCUCGUCACCAGGAGAAACGAGACAAGAUCGAGCGGCACAACCGUCGCCUCGGCGACCUGAUGGACAGACGCAGCCGUGAGCUGCAGAGCAGACUGACUCAGCUGGCUGCUCUGAGGAGGGAACACAUCCGAGAACUGAGUACACACAUCUUUACCACACAGGAGGAGAAACAGGGCAGCAGAGACCCCGCAGACGUGGUGGCUGAGUGUGACCCCGCGCUGACCUCCAGCACGGUGAGCGAGCUGGCUGAGGCUCGGAGGACCACGUACCUGUCCGGACGCUGGAUCUGGGACGAUCAGAACGGAGAGACCAGCAUCAGCAUCACGGGGCCUCGCGUCACGUUGCCCAGCAACGGAGACUGCUCCGCCUACUACAGCUGGGUGGAGGAGAAGAGCACCAAUCAGGGCCCAGAGCUGGACCACAUGAACCCGGCUCACACCAUCAGCGCCGCGCUCUGCUACGCUACACAGCUCAGCAGCAUCCUGUCUCACAUCCUGGACGUCAACCUUCCCAAGAGGCUUUGCAACAGUGAGUUCUGUGGGGAGAACCUGAGCAGAUAUCGUUUCACCAGAGCUCUGAGUAAACUCAACACCAACGUCGUCCAUCUUUGUUUCUCUCAGCAUGUUGACAGUGACAAGCUUCAUCCUCAUCACACUCUGAGGAACAUCAUGUUUCUGGUUUCUCCUGACAACCACAACCUGGGCAGGACGGGGCCAUUCGAGGUCAGCGCUGACCUGGAGGAGUCGAUGGAGUUUGUGGAGCCGGAGGAGGCGGGGCCAGCAGAGGAGAGUGGGGAGGAGUCUGUGACAGACGAGGAGACGGACCUGGGGACAGACUGGGAGACGGUGCCGAGUCCACGCUUCUGUGACAUCCCGUCCCAGUCCAUGGAUCUUUCCCAGAGUGCUUUGCAGGUGUCUCAGCCAUCUGCUAACAGCGGAGGGAUGAUCUCGUCGGCCGCCGCCUCCGUCACGUCCUGGUUCCGAGCUUACACCGGUCAACGCUGACUAGCCUGGGUCAGAGGUCAUGGACGGAUCACGUGUGGGCGUGUUUAUUGAUCGAUUGAUGACGUCACAGGAACUUUUCAAACCAGCACAAGUUUUUAUUUCACAUGAAUAAAUGGACGGUUACAGUGUUGCUAUGGAAAC